UCGAUUUCACUUCUGUAAACUCCACAAUGUCAUGGGAUGCUGGGGACUUCUCGGUAUUAAGUCUCCUGAGGGCGGGAGCGCGGUCCCUUCGUCCUAACAACUGCUGCCGUGGCGUUUUUAAGCGGGACGCCUCGCGGGGCGGUGUCGCGGUGCCAGAGCCGCGCUGGGGCGCGGCGAUUCUCUGCGCCCGCGGGGAGGAGGAGCGCGCCGGGGGCUGCGCGGCGGCGGCCGUGCGGGGCCCGGCCCGGGCGCUCCGCGGGGCCGGGCGAGCUCUGGGUGUGUGUGACCGGCGGAAGCAGUCGCUCCACGUCCGGGUCGGGCUGGCGGAGCGAUGCCGCUGGUGGUGCUGUGCGGGCGGCCCGGCAGCGGCAAGAGCCGGCGGGCGGCCGAGCUGCGGGAGGCGCUGGGCGGCCCGGAGCGGCCGGCGCACGUCGUGGCCGAGGCGGAGGGCGGCCGGUCGGCGCUGCGGGCCGAGGUGGAGCGGCGGCUGAGCCGGCGGGACGUGGUGAUCGUGGACGCGGGCAACGAGCUGCGGAGCAUCCGCUACGAGCUGUACUGCGCGGCGCGGCAGGCGGGCACGGCGCGCUGCGUCCUGUACUGCGCCGGCGGCGCGGGCGGCCCCGACGAGCCGCCCUUCGAGGAGCCCGACCCGAGCUGCCGCUGGGACCGGCCGCUGUUCACGGUGCGCGGGGAGGAGCCGCUGCCGCUGGGCGCCAUCCGCGCCGCGCUGUUCGAGAGCGCCCCGCCGCCGCCGCACCGCGCCACCCGCACGCAGCCGCUGCAGUCCUGCGGCUUCCUGCACCAGCUGGACCGCGUCACCCAGGACGUGCUGGCCGCCGUGCUGGCCGCGCAGAGGAGCGGGGCACAGCCCGGGGAGACCAUCCGCGUCCCCGGCGUGGCCGAGGGACUGGUGCUGAGCCGGCCCGUGAGCGUGGCCGAGCUGAGCCGGCUGCGGAGACAGUUCAUCAGCUAUACCAAGAUGCAGCCCAGCGAUGAAAACCUGCCCCAGCUGGCCAGUAUGUUCCUGCAAUACUUGAGCCGCAGCAUCCAGUGAAGUGUCACCUGUGCCACCCAGCAGUGGCGGUGGUCCGGCCCCGAAGUACUCGCAGUGGGCAGAAUGUGCCUGCAGAGCCUGGGUCCCACCUCGGGGAUCGGAUCACUUGGCAGCAGCAGCUCUGAGAAGAUGGGCGCCGUGUCCCUGCCAGCUGCAUUGCUGGGGGGAUCUCCAGAGAAGCAGUUCCUCACCCCUGCCUUCUCCCUACUGGCAUCUUGCAAAAAGGAGAGCUACUGGUGCAUCCCCAAGCAAGGGAAGUCUCCUGUGGAGAUGCAAACCCCAGUAAUCAAAUAGUGUGACGUGAAAAUGUAAAAGGUGAUGACUGUAGGGCAGACUUUUCUCUCCACAUUGGCAUGUGUAUGCCUGGAAUAAGAAGAUUGUUUUUCCAGAGCUGCCACCAGAUAAUGUCAAACUGCAGAUGAGACUUCAGGUCCAGAACUGGAACAAUCUAUAUUUUUAGGAUGUGACUGUUUCAAAAAAUCUGACUGACCCAAGAGAGAUUUUCAACUCUGCACUGCAAAAGGGUGCUGGCUUAACAGACUCAAACUUCUCUGUUUCAGGUCUAAUAAUAAAAUGUGUGCCUUAAAUGGAGUAAAGUCUUAAUUUACCUGCAGGACUAUUUUACUGAAAUAACUUGGCCUUGUCUUUUUUCUUCAAGGUCAUUAUACAUCUUUAAAACCAUCAUUUUACACCCUUAAAAACACAUAAAUUGCUUAAGAAUGAGUGCUGUCAUAGAAAAAAAUGAGCUAAAAUGACAGAAAUAAAUGUAUUUAUAAAUUUAUUUAUUUCUGUUCUGUGUGAAACUCAUAAGUCUGUACUGGCUGUCAUGGGUAGCUAAGUUUCCAAUAGUUUUGGGUACAGCUUAUAUAAACUUCUCACUUUCUGGUGGAUGCUUCAUUCUAAUAAAUGGUGGCUUUUGGUUUUAA